UCCAUGGUAGCUGUCACAUUAGUGAUAACGCAAAUAAAAAAUAUAUUGUAUUAUAUCAAUCAUCAUUGCUCAUAUUUUAUUUCUGAGCAAGAAAUCAUCACGUAGUUCAAGUAAUAGUGUGUUACGCAUUUGUUCACAGUGAUGUUCAGGUUUGAUAUCAACUGUUGAAAUGUUCCUUUUGGAUCAUUCCAAUUUAUCUCGAGUCGUUGAGAUCACUAAUAACGUGACUGAAACCAGCGUUAGAUAACCAUAUCUGUUCAAUAAAACUUUUAUCAGUACUUUACUUCGACCGUAGCCAAUCGAACUCGGAAAAAAUCAAGUCGAAGCUGUCGUCAACACUGAACGAAUAUGCAGAUAUGCAGAAAAUUGUGAUAUUUGGUGGAACCGGUAUGACCGGACAAUGUGCUGUGAAAUAUGCUAUGGAGAAAGGGCUUAAAAUUCGCUUGAUGGUCCGAAAUGAAGCCACUGUUCCAGAAGCGUUCAAGGCAAAAGUAGAAUUAGUUAAAGGAGAUGUUGUUAAUUUAGCAGACGUUACCGCGGCAGUGAAAGACCAAGAUCUAGUAUGCGUUGUUCUUGGAACACGCAACGAUUUGAAACCAACCAAUGAACUAUCCAUUGGUAUGCGUAACAUUGUUAAUGCUAUGAAAACUGAAGGUAUCGGAAAAGUGUCGGUCUGCUUAUCGUCGUUUCUAUUCUUCGAAAAGGAUAAAGUUCCAAAAAUGUUCACCGAUCUUAAUGCCGAACAUGGACGAAUGUUGGAUGUAGUAAAGGAAUCUGAACUGGAAUACCGUGCUAUUUUCCCGCCACACAUUGCCGAUGAGCCCGCUGGAGAGUACAUAAUUACGUACGACAAAUGCCCUGGCGUAAGCCGUUCCAUUUCAAAGUUGGAUUUAGGAAAGUUCUUAGUGGAGUCACUAUUUGAAGAGAAACAUGCAGGCAAACUUAUCGGAAUCUGCACAAAACCAACUGAAGUGUAAUAAAAAUGUUUCUAACUAA